AUGCCUCCACGACUGCGCUCCCCUAAUUUCUCCUCCGUCUCCUCCUGUCCCUCCGUCCGCCCCCAGUCCAUCGCACAGCCAGCCAGAGCCGCACGCGACUUCUCGCAAUCAUCAUGUCGGCAGGUAACACAACGGCGGCGGAAGUUCUACGAAUGGCUUAAUGGUCCCGGCCGGGCAUUGAAGCAGCCUCUGCCUGGAUCUACGAAUUAUCUGGGGGCUUACGACAAAUUCGGCAACCUAGUUCGAGGGGGCACAAUGCCAGAGAAGGCGCCUGAGAAGCCCAAAGAGGGCGAAGCCGCAGCCAAAGAGGGAGCAGAGGGAGAGAGUGCGCCGGUUGUAGAAGGCCAGGAGUCCGCAGAUGAGCUCGAUGCCGCGCUUCGCCAGCACGAAAAGGAAGAGCAAGCGACGAAGAAAGAUGACGAAAAUAAAUUGCCACCUGAGACGGCUGAAGAUCUGCGACCAUUUCCGCUGAACAAGUUCUUCCGAAGUCAGCCUGUACUGAGCGAGGAACUCCGGGAGGCGAUAUACCAAUUCGUGGUCAAGGAGGGCAAGACGGUGCCGCUUGCGAGUAUCACUUUCGGUGUGAGCAAUGAACGUGUCGGCGCUGUGGUACGUUUAAAGCAGAUGGAGAAGCAGUGGAUUGCUCAGGGCAAAACCCUCGCGAUGCCAUACUCUAAAGCUGUGCUUGAGAUGGUUCCUACUACGCCAUACAUCGACACAUCGCUUCCUAAGAAUGCUGGAAAGCGCCCUGUCGUGCACGAACCAAUCAAUGACUUGAUAGUCCAUCCCGCAACCCGUCAACAACUAUUUGUACCCGUCGCCGAAUCACGGCACUUUACGCGUGAGGAUGCCGGAAAGGCGUUCGACAACAACCUUCUGCCUGCCGAUGAGCGCAUCCCACAUCCUGAGCUUGUGAAGGUUGUACGCGACGAAAUCGCCGGGUACUCGAACGAAGAGCGCAGAGCUCUUGCACAGGAGCGCUACAGAGAGGCAGCGGAGAAGAAGAAAGCAGCUGAAGACGCCAAACGAAAAGAAGAGCUGGAAACUAGGAGGACCGUACCGCAGCGGAGAUGGGACUUCGUCUUCCAGGAUGUGAGCGUAGAAGAUGCGGGCAGAGACGGAAGAUCUCACAAGGGCGUCGGUUGGAGGUACGGUCUACCCCACGAGGACAGAAAAAAGGGACAAGUCAAGAUCCCAACCAAGGUGGAGGCAUAG